CAAAGAGGCUGCUCAAAGAAGUGUCAUCCUUCUAUGCGUCGCCGCUAUAUGACUUUCUUAUGCCGUUCCGCCCGGCACCAAACCAAUGGGCUGCGCGCUACAUCAUCAUCGUGUUCACCGUCAUCAUCCGCUGCGGCGUGGGCCUCGGCUCGUACUCCGGAAUGGGCUCGCCGCCAAUCCACGGGGACUUUGAGGCACAGCGCCACUGGAUGGAGAUCACCACGCACUUGCCGAUGAAAGAGUGGUACUUUUACGAUUUACAGUAUUGGGGCCUCGACUAUCCGCCGCUCACUACGUACCAUUCAUGGGUCUUGGGUAAGGUCGGCAGCUUCAUCAACCCCGCGUGGUUUACCCUCGUAGAUUCGCGCAUGUUUGAGUCUGAGAAUCUCAAGUCCUACAUGCGUUACACCGCCAUUGCGAGCGAGGUCUUGGUUUACUACCCUGCAGUGUUCGGCUUUGCGCGCUGGAUGGCAGGCAAGUACCAUCGCCAGCCGGCAAUCGAUCAGACUAUCGCUGUAGCUGCCAUUCUCUUCCAGCCAUCAUUGAUCUUGGUGGAUCACGGACACUUCCAAUACAAUUCCGUAAUGCUUGGUUUGACGCUUCUUGCCAUCGUCCAGCUACUUCACGACAACUACGCGUUGGCGGCUAUUGCGUUCACGUGCUCGCUCUUCUUCAAACAGAUGGCCUUGUACUACGCGCCGUUUAUCUUUGCUUACAUGCUCAGUGUGUGCGUGUGGCCGCUUUCCCGCUUCAACCUCUUGCGUUUGCUCUCGGUCGGUAUUAGCGUCCUUGUGACGUCAUCCGUGAUGCUCCUCCCGCUUGUUUAUUCAGCUGGAAGAGGCAAUACCAUAUUGAUGUUGCAGCAAGUGAUGCUCCGGGUGUUUCCCUUCAGCCGCGGCAUCUUCGAGGACAAGGUGGGCAACUUCUGGUGCGCUACAAACACCUUUGUCAAGUACAAGAACCUCUUUGAUACCCAGCAGUUGCAGUUCUACUCGUUCAUCGCCACAAUUGCGGCCAUUGUCGGCCCAUGUACCGUAAUCUUUCUCUACCCAAGAAAGCAUCUCUUGCCGUGGGGCUUCGCGGCUGUCAGUUGGGCGUUCUACUUGUUUAGCUUCCAAGUACACGAAAAGUCUGUGUUGAUCCCCUUGAUGCCUACGACGCUUCUCUUCUGUGACAACGAUGCGCAGGUACUUGCCAUGGUUGCCUGGAUCAAUAACAUCGGCCUUUUCAGCAUGUGGCCGUUGCUCAAGAAGGAUGGUUUGAGCUUACAGUAUACUGUAGUAGGACUUUUGUUCAACUGGUUGAUCGGCAGCUUGGACUGGAUCUCCCUCUUUCUUCCGAAGUUCAUCAUCCCCGGCCUGACGCUCCUUGUGGUCGAUCACAGCUUAAAGCGUGACCCGUUACCGAAGGGCUGGUUCUGGAGACCUGUCACUGUCCUAUCUACUUCUGCCGCCGUUGCUAUUCAUCUUUGUGAUGCCUACGUCACUCCACCAGCAAGUUUACCGGAUAUCUGGGUCGUUGCUAAUGUCACAUUGUGCUUUGGAAGUUUUGCCUUGUUCUUUUUGUGGACGUGUUACAAAAUGAUUGCUCUUCGGAACGCGGAGACGGGUCAUUUGAUUCUGAAGGUGAACUAGAUACUAGUUAGUGAGCAAGUUUAUGAAGCAGUCGGGGGUAGAAUUAGAAAUGAGCGAACAGGAUUGCUUAAACCGAGUACUCAUGGCUUGGGAAAUCCGUAGUUUACGAAAGACCUAAUGUGCCCUCUUGUAUAAAAUUUGUUAUUUCGACAUAAAUAUUAAAGCAUAGAGAC